CUGGCAGAAGUGUGCUUUGCAGGGGUAGAGGAGGCCGUGCUGCCUCAAGCAUGUGCGUUAUAUUAAUUUGAUUAUGAGUUAAUUUGCUUUACUUUUCUUUGCAUUUUGUUGAGUUGUUGCCUUCCUACCACCUUCCUCGACAAUUGAGCCUGACUACACUACAUGGCACCUAAUCCUUUUGCAACUGGACUCUUGUGGGUCUUUUAAAGAUCAUCUGAAUCUGGAUUUCCAUUCCCAACCUCAGGACAUUGCAAGAGGAAAGGUCAGGAAUCAUAGAAGUCAGUGGAUUUAGCCUCCAUAGGAAACAUCAAUAUCUCCAUAACCCAGGAGGUAUGCCAGUGCCUGAGGUGGCGACUGACACUGCCAGCGCUGCCGCCAUGUUGAGCCCCGUCCUCAACGCCUCCAACGGAGACGGCUCCGAGUCUGAAACCACCUCCGCCAUCCUCGCCUCCGUCAAGGAACAGGAGUUGCAGUUUGAACGUCUGACCAGGGAGCUGGAAGCCGAACGACAGAUUGUAGCCAGUCAGCUGGAGAGAUGCAAGCUUGGCUCUGAGACUGGAAGCAUGACUAGCAUCAGUUCAGCCGAUGAGAAGUUUCGCUGGAACAACCAAGAUGGACAGAAGGACAUCGAGGAGGAGCUGACAACCGGCCUGGAGCUGGUGGACUCCUGCAUCCGUUCACUCCAGGAGUCCGGCAUCUUGGACUCGCAGGACACCAUAGGAGACAGACAAGGUCUUCUGUCCCAGAGCGCUCUGCAGCUCAACAACCAGGAUGCCUACGCAGCAGCCGGUUACCAUAGCAACCAGGGGAUGACACUUGGCGAGUCGGUUGGUGGACGCGGGCAAGUCGGAGGGGCCGUUCACAUCUACAACCAGGUGACAUCCAGCCGUGCAGCUGCCCACCUAGCAGGAACAGACUCUCAGUCCCAGAGAGACUCAUUUGCCCAGCAGGCCCAUGGCAGCGCCUUCAUGCCCACUGAGGGUGGAUCUGCACCUGUUGGGCCAUCCAUGUAUUACUCCUGUGCCACUUUGCCCGCACAGCGUGUGAGCUCCCCUCAGCAGGCGGUGGGAUCUCCUACCAAGCUGCAGCGCCUGGGUCCAGCCUCCUCUGACAUGCCCAGCUACGCCACGCUGCAGAGGGUGUCCUCGCCCAAACAGUCGCCCAGCCGACUCGCCAAGUCCUACAGCACCUCAUCACCCAUCAACAUGGUGGCCUCGGGUGCCGCUGGUUCCUCCUCCCCACUCCCCAUGGUGGCCUCCCCAGGAAACCACUCCUCGUCGCCCAUCCACCAGCUGAGCUCGGUGGUGGGCAGCUACGCCACCCUGUCGCCCACCAAGAGAAUGCUGCACCACAUCGGAGGGGAUACCUACAAGAUCUCCCACGAGCUGUACGCCAACGCGACCCUGCAGAGGCCUGGAAGCCUGGCAGGUCGAGGCUCCAGAGGUUCGUACAGCAGCCAGCACAGCCACCUGGGCGCUGAACUCCGACCCCUGCAGUCCCCUGAACACCACAUCGACCCCAUCUACGAGGACCGAGUCUACACCAAACCCAACCUGAGAGGACAAGCCCCGCCCUCCCCUGGUGUCGACCCAAUCCCCUUGCAGCGAACGGGAAGCCAGAGCGCCACGGGCACCUUUCAGAGAGGCAGCUUCGCCACCGGAAGCGGGGCGGCUGACUAUGCCAACCCGUACCGCACUCUGCAGUUCUGCCCGUCCACAGAGUCGCCUUACAGCAAGUCGGGCAACACCCUCCCUCCUGAAGCUGCCUUGGGCCGGUCCCCUUCAGUGGACAGCAUCCAGAAGGACCCAAGGUACGACCCAGAAUUCCUUGUGUGGAAUCAAAAUCAAGCCGAGCAAAGAAUGACAAAGGAGUUUGGCUGGAGGGAUCCAGAGCUGCCUGAGGUGAUCCAGAUGUUGCAGCAUCAGUUCCCAUCAGUCCAGUCCAACGCUGCGGCCUACCUCCAGCACCUCUGCUUUGGAGACAACAAGAUCAAAUCUGAGAUCCGGCGGCAGGGUGGCAUCCAGCUGCUGGUCGACUUGUUGGACCACCGAAUGACGGAUGUUCACCGCAGUGCGUGUGGAGCCUUGAGGAACCUGGUGUACGGCAAAGCCAAUGACGACAACAAGAUCGCCCUGAAGAACUGCGGAGGAAUACCGGCGCUGGUCCGACUGCUCCGAAAAACCACAGAUGUGGAGAUCAGAGAGCUGCUCACAGGUGUAUUGUGGAACCUGUCAUCAUGUGACGCCUUGAAGAUGCCCAUCAUCCAGGAUGCACUGGCUGUGCUGACGAACGCUGUCAUCAUCCCCCACUCGGGCUGGGACACGUCCCCUCAUACACAGGAGGACCGCAAGCUGCACCUACACUCCUCCCAGGUUCUCCGCAAUGCCACAGGCUGCCUCCGGAAUGUGAGUUCUGCAGGCGAGGAGGCCCGAAGGAGGAUGAGAGAAUGCGAGGGCCUGACAGACGCUCUGCUCUACGUCAUUCAGACCGCUCUGGGGAGCAGUGAGAUUGACAGCAAGACCGUGGAGAACUGUGUGUGCAUCCUGAGGAACUUGUCGUACCGUUUGGCUGCAGAGACGUCUCACAGCCAGCAGGGGGGGUCGGAGGAGCUGGACGGUCUGCUAUGUGACACUGGAGGGAAGGACGCAGAGAGUUCUGGAUGCUGGGGCAAGAAGAAAAAGAAGAAGAAGGGACAUGACCAAUGGGAUGGCGUCGGCCCAUUUCCAGACUUGGCGGAGCCCCCGAAAGGCAUCCAGAUGUUAUGGCACCCCACCAUCGUCAAGCCUUACCUCACACUGCUGUCUGAGUGCUCCAACCCAGACACCCUGGAGGGAGCAGCUGGGGCCCUGCAGAACCUGGCUGCUGGCAGCUGGAAGUGGUCGGUGUAUAUUCGUGCUGCGGUGCGUAAGGAGAAGGGUCUCCCCAUCCUGGUGGAGCUGCUCAGGAUAGACAACGACCGAGUGGUUUGUGCCGUGGCCACCGCGCUGAGAAACAUGGCUCUGGACAUCAGGAACAAGGAGCUCAUCGGUAAAUAUGCCAUGAGGGACUUGGUGCACCGUUUGCCUGGAGGCAGCAACAACAACAACACCAGCGGCGGGGGCGGCAGCAACACAAGUGUCCUGGUGGGGAAGACCAUGUCAGACGAUACCAUCACGGCGAUCUGCUGCGCGCUCCACGAGGUCAUCACCAAGAACAUGGAGAACACCAAGGCUCUGAGGGACGCCGGCGGCAUCGAGAAGCUCAUCGGCAUCGCCCGCAGCAAAGGAGACAAAAUUCCCAGACAUAGUCCCAAAGUGGUGAAAGCAGCAUCUCAAGUGUUGAACAGCAUGUGGCAAUACAGAGACCUGCGCAGCCUCUACAAGAAGGACGGCUACUCCCAGUACCAUUUUGUGGGCUCUUCCUCCACAAUAGAGAGAGACAGACAGCGACCUUAUUCCUCCUCUCGUACGCCGUCCAUCUCUCCCGUGCGGACCUCACCCAACAAUCGAUCAGCGAGCGCCCCUGCUUCCCCCAGAGAGAUGAUGGCGUUGAAGGAGAGGAAGGCAGACUACGAGUCGACUGGCAAUGCCAGUUACCAUGGCAACAAGGGCGAACACACAUCCAGGAAGGAUGCAAUGACGGGUCAAAUGUCCGGUGGAUCCUCUACGCUGCUCAGAGGAGCUUAUGUGUCGCCAACUGAUGACCUAAAGUAUAAUCAGAUCUCCUCUCAAGGCCUGCCGUCAGAGCCCUACCCUCCUUUCCAAAACCCGCCCCCAACCGACGGCAGCAGCUACGAGGACCAGGCUUUCUACGAGAACCAGGUCCACACAGUAGGACGCGCUCCGCAGGGUGACCUCAACAUGCACCUGCAGGGCCUCAAGUCCACCGGGAACUAUGUAGACUUCUACUCAGCCUCACGGCCCUACAGCGAGCUCAACUAUGAGACAAGCCACUAUCCUGCCUCACCAGACUCCUGGGUCUGAGAGGAGACGAGGGGCGGGGAUAAGGAGGACGAGGAGAGGAAUUAAUGAAGAGUUUAGUUUAAAACUGGGGGAGAGACAGUGAGAGGACAGUUCCCCUCCCUCCUCAUCCUCCCCUGUAGUUCCUGAGUAGCAUCAUAGGUAGCAGGACGGUGGAGGGGGAGGACGGAGUGCAGGAGACAUGAGGAGAAAAAUCAGAGGCGUUUCACUCCUUUUAGAGACAUCUGAGCGAGGAGGGAGAGGGGACAAGGAAGGAACGGAAGGAAACAGAGGAGCGGCCAUGCAUGUGCAUGCACACCACCAACAAAAACCAACAGACACAUUAUCUUUCUGUGUUUAGUUUGUGAUCAAUUACAGAAAGAGCCCCUGCACCUGAAGGCCUCUGGAUACAGAAUGAAAGAGGGGUGGAUACAAAGAAAGAGAACAUGAAGAAAAGGUGGAUAAAGAGGGAAAUAUGAAGAGGAAGAAGGACAAAGAAAGAGAUAAAUGGAUGGAGGAUGAAAGGUUUUUGAUUGUGGAUGGAGAAACCUGUACAUAUGUGGUAUAGAAACCUGGCUUUUAGUAAUGUGAAGCACAAGAGGCGGAGCUGUAGGACAUGUAGGACGUCUGUCACACAAACUUUUCUUUCUCUUUGGCUCUAUGGCUUCAGCGUGAUGUUUCCUCCUCUGGGCAAAGAACGCUUCAGGACUUCUCGUCAUUUGUAACGGCUUUUAUUUUUUCUUUCUCUUUUGUUGUGUUUCUACUUUUUUAAUUCUCGAUUCUGGUUGUAUAGUAUUUGAUGUACACUGUACAUUUACGGAGAUGCAUUGUGUACUGUACAUUGCACUAUUUUCUGUGUCAUGUCAGGCCUUUCGCCAUUGGGUCAACCUCACCUUUUCUCACCAACUUUCCAGCUUAAACACAUAGAAACACACACGAUAGCUGCACUUAGACUUUCAAAAAUUCACAUCAGAGCUACAGACGGAUGCUGACGUGUUGCUAAUGUGAAACAGCGGAUAUGAACUGGAUGUUGAACUUUAGUUCUGGUAGGUCACGGUGCUCCUUAUACUGCCCUACAGAUGAUUUCCACUGAAUAGCUGAGCAGCAUUUUCCAUGUAAAACUCAUUUUUAGGCUAGCUCUCCUCCCUCAUUAACACCUCAAACCCCCUUAUUUUUCCCAUGAGCCCCUCUGUUGAGUGAACUUAUUGUGUAUAUAACCGUGCCAAACAAGGGUUACUUCCCCUCCGCUGAGGGAGGAAGGUGAGGGGCGUGUUUAAGGGUCCAAGUUCAGCCGACGCUCUAAAGCUGAACAUCCUUACGGUUCUAACGAUGCCAGUUUGUAAAUGCUUUGGUUUUUUAAAACUGUGUUUUACGGGGAUGAAAACUGUCUUACUGCACCGGGACUUAGGGGAGAAAAACACAAAAAGAAAACAAAAAAAAAUGAACAAAAAGAAAACCAUGGAGGGACUGUGAGCAGGCGGAGCAUCACUUCCUCCAAAAGUUGUACAAAUUUAGUUGAUUUCUGUGUUGUAAAAUAAUUAAUGUUUGAGGUACAAAAAAAAAACUUUUCUGAGAGAUGGGUGGCAAUUCUAACUUCAUGGUAGACAAACUGUUAAUAGAGUACGGAUAUAUAUUAUAUAAAUAUAAAUAUAUACUUUUUAUGUGCAGAUGUGGAUGUCACUUAUAGCAGCAACAUUAUGGAAAAAGACUUGUAAAAAAAAAAAACAGCUACAUGUAGGAAUUUUGUUCACAUUUAUUUUCUGGUCAACACACUAAAAUUGUCGACUUUGUGUAGUAAUGUUGUUGCUAUGUGGAGUAGAGUAGACCAGGGCCCAGGGAUCCACGUUGUCACUUAGGCAGUUUAAAAAGGUGCUACAUCCGUGAGAAGUAUUUCCAACAUGUCUGUAUUUUAACUGUGCACAAAAUGUUUGUUCCCCCCUGCAACGAUUACAAAUGAUUGAUCAUCAGGCGUCACUUUGAAGCGUUUCAAACCACGUUGAGAGGACAGAUCCCCAUGCAUGAAAACCCUCAAUUCUUAAAAUUGGUCUUAUGAUGCUAAACAGCUCAAAUUGCACCCAUGAACGCAUGAGUAUCUGGUGUCAGUGACUCUGAGAGUAGACGAUGAUUCAUUCUGAUUGUUUUGUUUUUUUAAUGAGAGAAAGACAACAUUGUGACACAGGAGAACAGACCCUGGUUCUUCCUACCCGCCCAGUUUUAGAAGUCCUAGAGGUCAUGGCGUCUGAUGCUUGAAAAAUGACCCAUAAUGCAACUGUCCCCCACACACAGACAAACACUGGAUGAAAAGCAGAAGUACUGUAUUUGUUUAGUGAGCAUCUGGAAACUGACAACGUUAUGUAUGUCCUUGUGAUCCUUAGGCAGAAAAAAACUGACUAUAAGACCUGUAUGGAGAUAUAACGUCGGUAACUUUUUUUGUUGCUAGACCAAAUGUGUUUUAAAAAGAGAAUUGUGAAUCUUUCUAUUGCCUCAAACAGAUUGCAACUGCUCCAAAAAAUAUAAACGGACCAUCGAAGAACCUCUAA